AUAUCCAAGGCAAGCUAACCCAAGAGAAAUUUAUUCAAACAAGCAAAGAAAGGAAUUCAUAGCUUCCCCUGCACCUCUAUAUCACUUCUCUUUCAUUCUCAGUUUGGAAUUCUUAAACCACCUUCUCUCUCUCUCUCUCUCUCUGAACAUGGCAUCAUGGUGUAUCAGAACAGGCUUGAUCCAUGUUUUCCUUCUAUUCUCAAUCACCUUUUCAGAUUAUGGUUUGAUACAAGGAGUGGAUUCUCUUGGUAUCAAUUAUGGCCAAAUUGGUAACAAUUUGCCGUCGCCGGACAAGGUUCUUAAUCUCUUAAGCUCCCUUAAGCUUACAAAAGUUAGAAUCUAUGACACCAACCCACAAAUUCUGACAGCAUUUGCAAAGUCCAAUGUUGAGCUUAUUGUCACAGUUGAAAACCAAAUGUUGUCAACUUUAAUGGACCCUCAACAAGCCCUUCAAUGGGUUAAUACCCACAUCAGGCCUUACGUUCCUGCAACAAAAAUCACCGGAAUCGAUGUUGGCAACGAGGUUUUCACCGGCGACGACACGACACUGAUACAGAAUCUUGUUCCUGCUAUGGUCAGCAUUCAUGCUGCUCUGGUUCAAUUAGGCUUAGGAAACUACAUUAAAGUCUCUUCACCACAUUCACUUGCUGUAUUAGCCAAUUCAUUCCCUCCUUCUGCUGGUAGUUUCAAGAGUGAAGUUUCAGGGGUCAUGAUACAAUUCUUGCAAUUCUUGUUAAGCACAAAUUCACCAUUUUGGAUCAAUGCCUAUCCUUAUUUUGCAUACAAGGAUGAUCCCAAUAGAAUCUCUCUGGAUUACGUUCUCUUCAAUCGUAAUCCUGGGAUGAUUGAUCCCAUCACAAAAUUACACUACGACAACAUGCUUUAUGCACAAGUAGAUGCAGUUCUAUUUGCCAUGGCAAGGUUGGGUUUCAAUAGGAUUGAAGUUAGAGUCUCUGAGACCGGGUGGCCAUCGAAAGGCGACGCGAAUGAAGUCGGUGCCACCGUACAGAAUGCAGCGGCAUACAAUAGGAAUAUACUGAGAAGACAAUUAGCUAAUGAAGGUACUCCUCUGAGGCCUACCAUGAGGCUUGAAACGUAUCUGUUUGCUCUGUUCAAUGAGGAUAUGAAGCCCGGACCGACAUCGGAGAGGAACUAUGGUCUUUUUCAACCAGACGAAUCCAUGGUUUACAAUGUUGGUCUCACUGCCUUGAUCUCACAUCCUUCAUCAACAUCAUCUGCCACCAUUUCUCUUACUUCCUCUGCUACUAAGGCUGCAAACAAGGAAUAUCAAAGCUGGUCGAUGUUUGUGAUUUUGCUGACCCUCCAAGUUUUUAUGAGAAGACCAUAUUAAGCAAAAAUGGAAUCCCUACGUGUAAAUAUAUUGCCUUAUCUUCUGGUACGUAAGAAAAAAAUUGAUCAUUGCUCUCCUCUUUGCAUUUUCAAACUUGAAGAAGGAGGAGAAAACACCCAUUAGCCUACCUGACACAUACUCCAUAGGUUCUAUUUAGGGAAAUAUACAACUAGACACUUUGAAAUUUAGUCGGAUUGCAUAAGAACAGGCUACCCACAAUAUAUAUUAAAUUUAUGCAAUCAGACUAAAUUUCAGGGAUCUGGCUGGUUGGAUAUGACCUGAGUUGAUCGAAUGAGAAUAUUUCAUUGACAGUAGUAACCCCACAACGAAUCUCAACCGUCAAUCUAGGAGUCUCAUCAGUCCGAAGAAGAUUAGCAUUAUUUUUUUUUUCUUGUUUGGAAGCCACUAUUAUAUAUAUGUUGUAGAGGCAUUGUUUUAUGAUCUUUUCUUUAUUGUUACUUUUAUGAAAUGAUAGAACAAAUUUAUGUAAACAUUGUCUGUCCAAGAGAGCUAGAAUAGUGAAAGAAUGCAUGAGAUCUCUCUCCCUCAUUGGUUACAAUGAAAGCUGUGGUCAACUUUUGGACGUGGAAUCCA